GCUAGCUUCCCCUGUUUUAUUUCGUUUCGUUUUCCCCAACCCCUCACAGCAGAGAUUCAAAACAACACCUUCUUCUUCUUCAUCUCCUUCUUCUCCGUUUCCGCAGAACCUUCUCUCUGCUUCCACCAAAUUCACACGCGGAUCUGCCAAAAUCUUCCUACUCCUACUACCAUCACUCAAGCGGAUCCGCAUAUCUUUCUUCCUAUUUUCUCUUUCCCUCACUCACGCGGAGCUGCUCCAGAACCAGAUCUGGUUUCGGCGGAAGGAUGUCUGACUCCGACCAUUCCGGCGGCGAAGAGGAAGUGGUCGCCGGCAGAGGAAGAGGGAGAGGGCGGCGAGCUCGCGGCGCCGUAGCCGGCCGAUACCGAGUUCCUAGACUUAUAGACCCUUAUUCCAUGAGACCACCACCUACGACAAUUGAUACAUCUCCGAUUGAUUCGGUACUUCUUUGGGCACAUGGUCAACAUCGUGCCGAUACAGUUUGGCAAAACGAGGCUGGCGAUCGACCUUAUCAUAUUCGAGGUACGACCCGUAUAGUCACGUACCAUCCUCAUUAUCGGACACCCGAGACAUCGACCUUUCACUUGCCGUUUGGUGAGGUUACGAUCACCUUAGAGGACGUUGCGACACUAACUGGUCUACCGAUCGACGGUGAUCCCGUCAUAGUAGACAUACCAGAUGAGGAGUGGUCGGCGAUGUGUGUGAGACUGUUAGGACAGAGUCCUACUGAAGUUUCCCGCGGUGCUGUGAGGAUUAGUUGGCUAAGGGAUGAAUUCAAUCGUCUGCCGGCAAACGCAUCAUCAGAGACUACACAGCAGUAUGCACGAGCUUAUGCUCUAUAUCUGAUGGGAGGUGUAUUGUUUCCCGAUCGGUCUGGAGGUAUGGUUCAUCUACAGUACCUACUCUUGGUGGAGGAUUGGCAGAGAGCUGGACGGUUCGCCUGGGGAGCAGCUGUUUUAGCCUACCUGUACCGUGAGAUGGGUAUGUCGGUUCUGCUCAUGACGCAGUCCUCUUCCCUGGGAGGUGACCUUGGUGGAUGGGUCCCCUUACUGCAGCUCUGGGUGUGGGAGCGAUUUCCACAGAUAACACUACGACAUACAGAGACGAUGGAGCCUAUUACCGUGGACACAUACCCACGUGGUGCUCGAUGGCUUCCAGCCAACACACGUCAGCACGGAAACGAGUUAUACCAGUACAAGUUGUUUUUUGACGAGCUGUCGACCAUUGUGUGGUGUCCUUACUCAGCGAGAGACGAGCAGUUCAGAGUUAGUGUGAUUCGAUCAGAUACGUUUCGCGCAUUAGUUCCACUGAUAUGCUUUUCAGCGGUGAUGUGGCACUAUCCAGAUCGAGUGCUCCGACAGUUUGGCAUGCUGCAGAAUGUGCCUCAUCAGCCACAUAGUGAGUUUGAGAUUAGAUAUUUCCUUCGGCAGACAACUCGUGGGUCAUCGCGUGGGCAGCAGUUGCUACACGUCUACAUAGAGUCUCUUGAUUUGUGGAGCCGUCGGCAUGAGUAUAUAGCGACUAUGCCAUUCAGUGAGGAGACUUUAGCCUACCACUCGGAGUAUCUGGAGUGGUAUCGAGAUGUUACCAGACGUGCAAUCACCCGGGGAGGAGCUGUAAUGAACGCAGUGUACGACAUCAUGGAGUACGUUGAGCUGAGUUUACGUGAUGGAGUACGGAAUGGAGGAACGUCCGCUGAUCAGCUGACAGAGCCUGAUGUGUCAGUACCUGUACAACGGUAUCCUACUGAGCAUAGCCUUGCCAUAUGGCCGGAGCGUACGGAUCCGACACCGGGCUGGGGCGUGCCAGAGCCACAAUUCAGGCAGGAGCCUAGGAGGAGACAACGACGUGAUCAACGCGACGUACCUCACCCAGUGAGGAUUUCAGAUCGACAGCGAGUACAGUCUGUUCGACACACUCACAGCCCGUCCGACCUACUCCGACCUUCCAGACGCAGUUUCAGCCAGGCACUUCUUCUGCCUUUCAGCCAGGCACUUCUUCGGCCUUUCAGCGAGGCACUUCUUCGGCAUUUCAGCCAGGCACUUCUUCGGCCUCUCAGCACCCAAACAUUAAUGAUUUUGUGCCAUAAAAUUGAAAAGAACAUUCAAGCUAUCAUCAUCCACAAUAGACAUCGCAUAAUGAAAUAGAACACUAUUUCUGCUAUUUUGGAAGUUUGUAAGUGAAACAUUUGAGCAUAUCACUAUCUUGUACUGCUAUGUCAUUACGUUGUAUCCUCGGAAUUAGAUUCUCACAAAAUUAGUGAUAUGUCACCCUGCAUGGAACUGUCUACUGAAAGCUUCUACCACCAACAAAAUGACGCCCAAAUUGUCCUCUACUAUAUGCGAUUUCCACCAAACGACUAGUUUAAAUUGUCUAAAAUCAUUACAUAAAAAAAACAAAUUCACUAAUUAGUAACUAAACAAAAUCAUAUUAGCAUUUUAAGAAUAUAAUUAAAAAAUUAAAUGUGUACCUAUUUCCAUCUUUGCAGCAACCAGCAGAGCUCUUCUUCGCUUAGCUAGCAAAUGAAAGGAAACCUCUUGUUAUAUAGUGCUGGAGUGGGUGGGCAAGGUGGAGCAAAUCUCGCGUGAGACUGCGUGGCUCCGUCCAUUCAAAAUUAAAAAGGUUUAAAAAGCGGAUCCGCCUCAAUCCGACGCAUAUUUAACUUGUAUUGCAGCUUAUUUUCGCUACUCACGCUAACUCGCUUUCUAUUCUCUAAAACACGAUAUGCUAGCAAAAUACUUUUUAAACCACUAUAUUCGUGGUAAAUGAAAAAAAAAAAUAUUUUUGGUCAUUAACCCCUUCCAUCUUAGCUCUAGCCUGCUCUUCCUUUUCUACUAUUUGAUGGGUCGACAAGAGAUUUCCUGCUUAACUUUGGUUCUCUGGAAUCUGCUACAUUCUAGUGGGUUUUUGGGUUGUUUGACCAUAAGCUUUGGAGAAAACUACAAAUCUUUUACGAAGCUUUGGUUUGCAACAAAUUAACUUUCAUUUAAAAUUUGGAAACAGCUAGCAAAACAAGUACUCACAGCAUAACCAUCAACCUAAAGCAAUUAACAUGGUUUUUGGUUGGGAAAUGGUUUGAGUGUUUGAGUUUGGUUUUUGAAUUGAAUACGAGUUAAAAUGAGUAAUAUGUGUCAGCACCGAGUAUGAUUUUUCUCGCCAUUAAAAUGAAUGAUGUGUUUACAUGUUUAAUUUAGGAAAAAACAUAAUAAGGAUGAACAGUAAAAUAAUAAUUAUACUGGGCCAUUGAAAGUUUAAAGUUUAGCAAUUGAUUGAUAUGAAACAUGAAAGUUUGGUGACGAAGAUAAGUGUGAUUUUCAUGUCCUUUGAAUUUCAGCAUAAUUAAGAAUGAGACUAUACACCGUCAGACUGUGCUAACUGCUAACCCACUAAUGAUCAUUGAACGCAUACGCGAUAACAGUUUAUUCGUCAACAACGCUACAUGCUUCCAAGGAGACCAAUGUCACAAAACACGCAAUCCAACAAUAGAGACUCUUUAGUCUUUUCUUUUCCUACUACCUCUCUUUUCUUGUGAUGUCAUGAUUGAUGAUGAUUGUGAGUUGAGAGUGAGAUAAGGUGAAAGAAAAGCUAUUGCUUGAUGGAUGUAUAGACAUACACAAAAACAGUUUGGACUAGUAUGGAUAAAAACUAAAAAGUGAAAAACCUAACCCCAUAACAUACAUCAUAUGAUUGAUUCCCUUGAGAUUUGAAAGUAGCUAUCUUAGGUCAAGUGACCAAGAUUUUGGUGGUCUUCGUCAUAAAGAUUAUGACUUGAGAGGUUUCCAUCCCAUCUUCUUGUACCCAAAGGGAAGUAGUGUGUUCUCUGGACUUUCAGGUUGCUUCUUUCUUGAAUCUUACUAUUUCAGUGAAAGAUUAAUGAAAGUGGCAAUUAAGAAGGUACCACAUUUGUUUAACUCUUCUUAAGUUCUCGAAAGUUACAAUAUUUUCUUGUGAUCGGCUAUUUGUUAAUGUCUUAAAACGUUUUUUUGAAGAAUAUGUAUCUGUUAGAUUAAGGAUCAUAGAGAGAGAAUGAUAAUGGACUGAGUCAUUAAAUUAUUUGGUUUGAAUAAGUUGACCCAUUUAAAAAUUGAAUAAAAUAAAAUCUCGUUU